CGCCGUCCCCGGUUCCUUGCACCGAGAGCCGUGGGGGCGCCAGACCCGACAGCUCGCUGAGCCGUUUCCUCCCUUUUCUCCCCUAGGAACCUCGGCCUUGCCCCGCAGUGCCCGACCUGAGCGAGGAAGGAGGGACGCGGGCGCAUUGUGCCCUCAGAAGAUGGCGGACAGCACUAGCGCCGCCAAGACCCAUUCGGGCGGGCCCGGGGCCAAGGGCUCCUCGGGCACCUGGUGGAAAUCGCUGACCAACCGAAAGAAAUGCAAAGAAACCCUGCCGGCUACUUCUGGAGCGCCCCGGCCGCCGGCGGAGCCCUCCGAGUUCCUCUUCGCCCCACCCAACACGUCAGACUCUCGGGAGAACCAGCCGCCCUCCUCGGGCAGCGGCAACCGCCGCAAUCUCAAGAUCUCCCACUCGGGCCGCUUUAAAGAGAAGCGGAAACCUCGCGCCACCCUCCUCGUCGAAAGCCCGCAAAAGCUGUUUGAAGGUGGGGGCGGAGGCGGCGCUGCCCCCGGUGGCUCCGCGCCUGCGCACGCCAGCGAAGAGACUCGGUGCCAGUGACCGGCUCUCCUCUGCCCAGCCCUGGUUGACUGUCCCUGGCCCGAGGAGGCUGCUGUGCCCGGGAGCUGCUCCUUGCUUCGUUCCGCUGCUCGGAAAGCGGCCCAGGCCUCCUUCCCUCGCCGUCCGUCCAGCCCGGAAGUGGUUUUGCUCCGUGGACAAGGAGCCUUGGCGCUGUUGAGGCAUUUCUUCGCAAACUAGUUUGGAAAGCGUCCCCUCUUACUGGCGGGACAGAGGGUUCCCCAUCUGAGUCGAAGACUUGCCGCUCUCUUUCGUGGAGCUUGCAAUAGGGCAGUGUAAGGCGAGACCAGCGAAUGACCCAAUGAAGCCUACAGGCGUCGGUCCCGCUUCUUUCCGGCUACAUUCCCAUGAAAUUAAAGCGUACAGGGGGCAAUAUGCCCUAUGAAAUUGU